AUGGUGCAUGUCGAGCGCAACAUUGUGGGAGAUCCAUAUGCCCAAAGCGGCUAUUGGGGACCUCAAACAUCUGUGGCCAACUUCUGCGAAGAAGACUACAGGUUGACGAAGUAUGCCGCGGAACUUAUUAACAGUGUGACCAACCUCGCAUAUGUUUACUACGCCUUCAAGACACUGGGUCCAAGAGAACAUCUACUAUCAAGCACUGCUUUUCCAAAUCUUGCCCUCUUCUUCGUUGGGGUCACAUCAUUCGCAUUCCAUCUCACGUUAAAAUAUGGAACGCAGAUGUGUGAUGAUCUCUCCAUGUUCUGGGUGUGCGCCGCCAUCAUAUACGAGCUCUACACAUUCGACCGCUCACCAAGCGCCAGAGCCACCUUCGGCAUUAUUUUGACUGGUGUCCUGGGAUACAUCAGUGCAGUCCAUUAUCAAUCCAAUCAGUUGUGGCUUCAUAAUUGGACAUUCAUUGCUCUUGUCACGGCCAUUUGGCCUCGAGUGUUGUACCUCAUCAACAAGAAGCUCAAGGGUUCAGAGCGUCGCGAUGCACACCGCAAAUUUCGAUUUGGUGGUAUCAGUUUUCUACUUGGUUUCGUAUUGUGGUUGAUUGAUGGUGCCGCCUGUAGGUGGCUACGGGAGAGCAGGGCCACCCUUGGCCUCCCCUGGGAGUUUGUGUUAGAAUUGCAUGGUUGGUGGCAUAUUCUCACUUCGAUUGGUGCUGGCAAUACCAUCAGAGUGACCAAGAAAUUGACCCAGCAGCCUUCGUGA